UCAUCCAUGGCUGAUGACUGUUCAAAGCUUCUGCUCAAGUUUCACAUGCUAGAAUAAAAAAAUGGCUAUCCAUCUACUAUCUCCCCAUUACUCUAAUAAUUAGGUCAACUCAAUUAUCAGAUGCCUAACGGAACCUAUAAUAUUCUGUUAGUCUUUUCACUGAUAUUCAAAUUGCCAAAUCAAAUCCUCCAUUCUAGACGAAGAUGAUGUCUUUUGUUAUAAAACUGAACCAUCGCCAUCGCAUUUGUACAGAUUCUUCAUUGAAGCAGCUUCUCUCUCCUCUCAUCCAAGCUUUUCCCAAGUCUCCUUUCGAAAUCACUAGCCUUUCAUUCACGAAGAUGGCAGAAUCGGGUGCGUACGUUAGAUCUCCAUCAACGUUUUUGAACACUGUGUCAAAAGAUCCAAAUUCAUUUUUUAAUGCUGAAGCUGGGAGAUAUCAUUUGUAUGUAUCUUAUGCUUGUCCAUGGGCAUCUAGAUGUCUUGCUUACUUGAAGAUUAAGGGACUUGACAAAGCAAUUAGUUACACUGCUGUUAAACCUAAAUGGGGGAAAACGAAAGAGGGAGAUAGUCAUAUGGGAUGGGUGUUUCCGGUUUCUAAUGAGGAAGAACCGGGGGCUGAGAUUGAUCCACUUAAUGGAGCUAAAAGUAUCAGGGAUUUAUAUGAGCUAGCUUCUUCAAACUACCAGGGGAAGUUUACAGUUCCUGUUCUGUGGGAUAAGAAACACAAAACAAUUGUCAGUAAUGAGAGUGCACAAAUAAUCCGCAUGUUAAAUUCUGAGUUCAAUGACAUUGCCGAGAAACCAGAUGUGGACCUGUGUCCUUCUCACUUGCUAGCCAAGAUCGAUGAGUUUAAUGAGUGGAUACUCGAGGGAAUAAAUAAUGGUGUGUAUAAAUGUGGAUUUGCAACUAAGCAAGAGCCUUACAAUGAGGCUGUUGUAAAGUUGUUUCAGUCUCUGGACAAGUGUGAGGAAAUAUUGAGUAAGCAGAGAUACCUAUGUGGAAACACAUUGACUGAAGCCGAUAUUCGGUUUUUUGUUACCCUUAUUAGAUUCGACGAGGUUUAUAACGUUCACUUCAAGUGCAACAAGAAACUGGUGCGUGAGUACCCAAAUCUGUUCAACUACACGAAAGACAUCUUUCAAAUUGAGGGUGUGAGCAGCACUGUGAACAUGGUGCAUAUCAAGAAACAUUAUUAUGGAAGCCAUCCUCACAUUAAUCCUCAUGGGAUCAUUCCUGUUGGUCCAAGCAUCGACUAUUUUGCGGGUUCCCACGACAGGUCGAGGUUUUCUGACUGAAAAAACAACUGAAACAUGGUUUUAUAGUGUGCUACAAGUUUGUCAUGUGCAAUAAUGGGAUUUUUUAAGUUGUUGUUUGUUGUGGUUUGGUGUUUAGAUAUGUUUUGGGAUGAAAUAAAAGAAUGUGUUAGAAUAUCCACUUGUUUGUUUUGUGGGUAGAGUGAAUAUUGAGGAUUAUAAUCCUCAAUAUUGAAUGUAACUGUUUAUUAUAAUGAGAAGUUUUUGUGGUUGCA